AUGCACUCCGCACAAGCUCUCUCCUUUUUCGCCCUCCUCAUCGGGAGCGGUCUUGCCAACCCGGUCCCGCCCCCGGCAGCCUCUUCCUCGUCAAGACUUGUUGUGCUCGCAGCUGCGGCACCGGCAGCGGCAGCGGCGGCACCGGCAGUGGCGGCAGCGGCAGCGGCGACACCAGCAGCGGCGUCACCAGCAGCGGCGACACCGGCAGUGGCGGCACCGGCAGUGGCGGCACCGGCAGCGGCGACAGCAGCAGCGGCGACACCAGCAGCGGCGACACCCGCAGCCGCAGCCCCAGCCGCAGAGGUGGCCGCAGGGGCAACAAACGGCACCAUCGCCAUCCCGCAGGGCUUCUCCAAGAUAGUUUUCGAGGACAACUUUGCCAAGUCAACGGCGGCAACGGUCGACCAGGCAAAGUGGCUCGUCGACCUCGGCACCCAAUACCCCGGCGGCGCGGCCAACUGGGGAACGCAGGAGAUCCAGACAUACACCAACGACCCGGCCAACCUGGCCGUCAAGAACGGCGUGCUCAAGAUCACGCCGAUCCGCAAGGGCGACGCCUGGACGUCGGCACGCAUUGAGACCAAGGCCGGCAGCGACGUCCAGUGCCCCGUCGGCGGCAAGCUUCGCAUCGAGGCGAGCCUCAAGAUCCCCGCCACCGACGCGGCCACGCAGCUCGGCAUCUGGCCCGCCUUCUGGAUGCUGGGCCAGGGCUUCCGCACCGACCGCAACUCGUGGCCCAAGGUCGGCGAGAUCGACAUCCUCGAGGUCUCCAACGGCGUCGGCACCGUCUUCCACACGGCGCACUGCGGCAUCAUCAACGGCGGGCCCUGCAACGAGAAGACGGGCCUGGGCGGCAGCGGCCAGUUCCCGCGCGGCAAGUUCGUCAAGGUCGCCGUCACCAUCGACCGCAGCAACAAGGGCGACUUCAAGCAGGAGAAGCUCGAGUGGUCCGUCGACGGCAAGGUCACUCACACCCUGACCGGCGCCGAGGUCAAGGACGCCGACGCCUGGGAGAACCUCGCCCGCACCCCAAAGAUGAUCCUGCUCAACAUCGCCAUCGGUGGCGAGUUCCCGGAUGCAAAGGCCAAGAUAAAGACCCCUACUGCUCAGACGGUCGGCGGCGACCCCAGUUCCAUGGAGGUUCAGUACGUUGCUGCCUUUAGCACUUGA